AUGACGAAGCACAAGCGCAAUGAGAACGCAGCCACUAAGGAUCGUAAGAUCGAGACACCGCCAGCAAAAGUCGCAAAAUCGACUUCCGUUUGCGAGUAUUGCCGAAAGGAAUUCACUACUCGAGGAAUCCCCCUGCAUCAAACGAAAUGCAGCAAGAAACAAGCUCACGACAAAGCCGAAGCUAAGAAGACGCGCUCCUACAAGUUUUGUAUCGUCAACGAAGCCAUUCACGAAGAAAUCCUCUCGUUCCUGAACAAUCAAACACUCACCAAGAUGCAGAUGAUAACUGGCGAUCAUUACCAGCAGUGCGAACCUGUGUUGGCGAGAUACUGCUGCAAAUGUGAGGAUGAUAACCCAGCCGUUCUAGGUGGUCUGUGCCAACAGUGUAACACGACUCUGGGGUAUAGUCGUCGCUCUACUUGGGUAGAAAAACAAGUUGCCAAAGACAAAUACGGAUUGCGCAAGAAGGACCUCCGAGAAAUUCGAAAUUCAUUGGGCCAGUACUACGAUUGCGAUAUUCUGGAGAUGUACAUGAUUGAAAAGUGCGGAUCAAAGAUGGGGUGGGUAAGAUAUCUUGCCAAAAGAGACAUGAGUAAGAGGAAGGCACUGGCUACGCGGAGGAAGAACCAGGAGGAUAUGGAUGCUUUCUUGAAGUCGCUAGCUCCUGGGUUUGCGCCAUACCUAUGGGCGAUUGGCUUUAAGAAAACGGACGAGGAGCUAUUGAUGGAAAGCAGUCAGCGCUUUAUCGAACUUAAGUCGAGGCUUGAAGAACGUGGGCUUCAUCUUCCAGCGAGUUCGACGCUCUGCAGCGAUUACAUUACCACAGGAGUUGGUAAGAUCGAAGAUGUAGUGAGAGAGACGGAAACUAUUCAAAGUUCGCGCAACCUGAACUAA